UAUUGCUCUGCCACCUGGAAGCGGCAUUAUAGUUUCCAUAAAGCCUGGGACCCCAACUGUGCCAGUGAAGCCCUGUUACCUCGUCAUUUCGAAAAAAGAACUGUCCACGUUGUCCAUCAAGUCUGGAGAAAAGACAGUCUUUCACUUUAGCUGCCAGAAUCCAGAGAGGCACUUUGUCAUAGAAAUCCAAAAGAAUGUUGACUGCAUGUCAGGCCCGUGUCCUUUUGGGGAGGUUCAGCUCCAGCCCUCAACAUCCUCAUUGCCCGCCCUCAACAGAACUUUCGUCUGGGACGUCAAGGCUCCUAAGAGCGUCGGUCUAGAGCUGCAGUUCUCUGUUCCCCAUCUGAGGCAGAUCGGGCCAGGCGAGAGCUGCCCAGACGGAGUCACUUACUCCGUCAACGGCCGCAUCGAUACCACCUCUGUCAGGAUUGGAACCUUCUGCAGCAAUGGCACUGUGUCCCGGAUCAAGAUGCAGGAGGGAGUGAAAAUGACCUUACAGCUACCAUGGUUCGACAGGAGAAAUGUCUCCGGCUUCAGCAUUGCAAACCGGACAUCCAUAAAACGACUAUGCGUCAUUGAGUCUGUGUUUGAGGGUGAAGGUUCGGCAACCCUGAUGUCUGCCAACUACCCAGAAGGCUUCCCCGAGGAUGAGCUCAUGACGUGGCAGUUUGUCAUCCCUGCACACCUGCGGGCCAGUGUCUCCUUCCUCACCGUCAAUGUCUCCAACUGUGUGAAGAAGGAGGAGCGGGUUGAAUACUACAUCCCAGGCUCCACCAGCAAUCCUGAGGUGUUUAAGCUGAAGGACCAGCAGCCCGGGAACAUGGCUGGGAACUUCAACCUCUCCCUGCAGGGCUGUGACCAAGAUGUCCAAAAUCCGGGCAUCCUCCGGCUGCAGUUCCGAGUCUUGGUCCAGCACCCACAAAAAGAAAGCAAUAAAACUUACCUGGUUGACUUAAGUAAUGAGCGUGCCAUGUCACUCACCAUCGAAGCACGGUCUGACACACUGAGCCACAGGUUUGUCCCCACCUGCUUUGUGUGCCUGGAGUCUUGGACCUGCAGCACCAACUUGACCCUGACUUCCGGCUCCAAAUACAAGGUCUCCUUCCUCUGUGACAGUCUGACCCGCCUGCGGAUGAAGGGAGAGAAAACCAUAAGCUGUACAGACCACCGGUACUGCCACAGGAAGUCCUUUCCUCUCCAGGUGCCUGAGAACAUCUUCCAGCUGCCCGUGCAGCUCCACCACUUCUCCUGGAAGCUGCUGGUACCCAAGGAGAAGCUCAGCCUGGCACUGGUGCCCACCCAGAAGCUGCAGCAGUCCACCAAUGAGAGGGGCUGCAACACCAGCUUUAGCUACUUCGUGGCCGGCACCGUCCCUGGCCAGGACCUUUAUUUUGGCUCCUUCUGCCCUGGAGGCUCCAUCGAGCAGAUCCGGGUGAAGCAGAGCAUCUCAGUGACCUUCCGCACCUUUAAACCCAACUUCCGCCAAGAGGCCUCCAGGCAGGGCCUGACCGUGUCCUUUAUACCAUAUUUCAAAGAGGACGGCAUUUUUACAGUGACGCCGGACAUAAAAAGCAAGGUCUACUUGAGGACCCCUACCUUGGACUGGGGCCUGCCACCUCUCACCUCAGUGUCCUGGAACAUCAGUGUGCCCAGGAACCAGGUGGCCUGCCUGACCUUCCUCAAGGAGAGGACCGGUGUCGUCUGCCAGACAGGGCGUGCGUUCAUGAUCAUCCAGGAACAGCGGAGCCAUGCCGAGGAGAUCUUCAACCUAGAAGACCAGGUGCUCCCCAAGCCAAGGUUUCACCAUCACAGCUUCUGGGUCAACAUCUCCAACUGCAGCCCUGUGAGUGGCAAGCACUUGGACCUGCUCUUCUUGGUGACACUCACCCCAAGGAAGACAGACCUGACUGUUAUCAUCAUUGCAGCAGUGGGAGGUGGAGCCUUACUGCUGUUUGCCCUCGGACUCAUCAUUUGCUGUGUGAAAAGGAAGAAAAAGGAGAUAAACAAGGGCCCUGUCGUAGGUAUCUACAAUGGCAACAUCAAUACCCAGAUGCCAAAGCAGCAAAAAAAGUUCCAGAGAGGACGAAAGGACAAUGACUCCCACGUGUAUGCAGUCAUCGAUGACACCAUGGUGUAUGGGCAACUGCUACAGGAUUUCAAUGGAUCCUUCCUCCAGGCGGAGGUGGACACCUACCGGCCCUUCCAGGGCCCCACAGGGGAUUGCCCUCCCUCCCCACCCCCCAUAUGCUCCAGGGCCCUGACUGCAAAGUUGACCGCAGAGGAGCACCCCCCUUGUUUCUCUCCUGAGUCCGAAAAUGAACCAUACACCUUCUCCCACCCAAACAAUGGGAAUGUGGGCAGUGGAAAGACAGACAUUCCCUUGUUAGACACGCAGGAGCCAGUGAAGCCAGCAGAUCCAGGGGAAUAA